UUUAUGAUAAGACAGACCCUAUUUCUAUUUUGAUCUAUUCUAGACCCCAAGAGAUCUAAGUAAGCGGGUCUUUACCAGGUUUUCGGAAUAUGAUUCUAUGUAGUUAAUAUGGCUAAAGUCGUUCGGGUCGUGAUCUAGAGCUCGAAUCCUAGAAUAUCGGAGGAAUACCAUGUAUAGAAACCAAUCAAUCAAGUCGCUUGUCCAUUUGUAUAUUACUAGUGGCGCCAUUAUACGGUGAUUACACUGACGAGAGUGCUGGGGGCGUAAAUAUAAAGGUGUCUGGUGUUGUAAGCCAACGUUUGUAUAUCCAUACUAUAAGUUUGGCUGAUACCAUAUAGACCUCUUGAAAGCCAACGUUGCUUUAAAGGUUAUCCAACGAUAACAUGCGUCUCGCCGGUCCAUUUAUACUAUUCUUCGCGGCCUGCUCCACAGCUGCGCCGCAGAAGCUUAUGACGUUUCCCGACGCUUCGGAAGCUCCGUUCUCACCACCAACUAUACAGUCCGUCUCCUUUUCCGGCAAUGGCUGCCCUCAAGAUGGCGGAAAGAAGCAGGUUUCGGGCGGGUGGCAACACUUUGCGUUUACCCUCCCGGACUUCGCGGCUUCUUACGGCGGAAGCAAACCGAAGUCUGUCAAUUGUCAAGCUCACAUGAAGGAGGUGAACCCGGCUGGCAAGUUGCGCUGAAAGACGUUUGGACUAGGGGCCACAUAGAGUUGGAACCAGAAGUGAAAUUGACGCAAUACAUCACCACGUACUAUAGCCAAAAUGCGGCAAAUACGGUACGCGGCGUACUUCUCAACCCUGACUCCUUUGCUAUUUUAUGUCGAGACUAAUGCAAUGUUCGAUUUUAGAUCUCUACGGCACAAACCGUGACGAGCCCUUCAAACUCGAGCCUCGCUCGUGAUAUUACGAUCCACGCGAGUAUCCCGAAAGAAAGCGCUAUUUGGUCUCCGUGUACAAGAUCGCUUCGCCGAAUAGCGCCUCGUACGGGUAUUUUGGCGGAGGAAAGAAUUCAACUGUCAGCGAGAAAUGGGCCUGGACAUGGAGACGGUGUUAGCUGAGAUGAGGUACUAAAAAGCAAAUAUGUUAUAUGGUUUUGGUCCGGUAAAAUUAUAAAACCGUCAUAGAGCUGAGUACCCAUCCAGAUUGGCCGGGACCUCUCUUGGAAUAGGACGUGAUUUAGGUGAGCUUGCUAGUCUAUCCGUGUACAUAUCUAGCCAAGCCGAUACGUUGGAACCCUUCACGUAAUACAUAGGAGAAU